AUGGGUUCGUCUCCAUGGCCUCCGAAGGUGUCGAUGGAGCUCCACGUCAAAAACCGAGACAAGCUUCUAUCAUCUCUUCGUCAACACCUCUCUGACUCUUCUCGUCCUCUCCACGGCUUCGUCCUUCUUCAGGUCUCUCUCUCUGCAUUCAUCUUCCUUCCCUUUCUAAUUUUUCUUAACAAUCUUUAUCCAAUUGCGUUCGCGCAGGGUGGCGAAGAGCAAACGCGUUACGACACCGAUCACUUAGAGCUCUUCAGGCAGGAGAGUUACUUCGCUUACUUAUUUGGAGUGACAGAGCCUGGAUUCUAUGGAGCUAUUGAUAUUGCAACUGGGGACUCUCUCCUAUUUGCUCCAAGGUUACCUUCUGAGUAUGCUGUUUGGUUGGGGAAGAUAAAGAAACUCUCCGAUUUUAAGGAACACUAUAUGGUUAGCACAACUUACUUUUCAGAUGAAAUUUCAAGUGUUUUACAACAAUAUUACCAGGGUGCGGGGAAACCUUUACUGUUUCUCUUGCAUGGCCUUAAUACGGAUAGCGAUAAUUUCUCUAAACCAGCAGACUUUCAGGGCAUUGAUAAGUUUGAUAAGGAUUUGACGACUUUGCAUCCUAUAUUGACUGAAUGCCGUGUCAUCAAGUCAGAGCUGGAAAUUGCUCUUAUUCAGUAUGCCAAUGAUAUAAGCUCGGAAGCUCAUGUUGAGGUUAUGAGAAGAACUAAGGUAGGCAUGAAGGAGUAUCAGCUUGAAAGUAUUUUUCUUCAUCAUACCUAUAUGUAUGGUGGAUGUCGGCAUUGCUCCUAUACAUGUAUUUGUGCUACUGGUGAAAAUAGUGCUGUUCUUCAUUAUGGCCAUGCAGCAGCUCCUAAUGACAAGACAUUGGAAGAUGGAGACAUGGCACUGUUUGAUAUGGGAGCGGAGUACCAUUUCUAUGGUUCUGACAUAACCUGUUCUUUCCCUAUAAAUGGAAAGUUUACAAGCGAUCAAUCUCUUAUAUAUAAUGCUGUGCUAGAUGCUCAUAAUGCUGUUAUAUCUUCAAUGAAACCUGGAGUGAACUGGGUUGAUAUGCACACAUUAGCAGAAAAAGUUAUUCUUGAGUCACUGAAGAGGGGAAACAUUCUUUCGGGUGAUGUUGAGGACAUGAUGGCUGCACGCUUAGGUGCAGUUUUUAUGCCACAUGGUCUGGGGCAUUUCCUUGGUAUUGACACACAUGACCCUGGAGGCUAUUUAAAGGGCCUGGAAAGAAGAAAGGAACCUGGAUUAAAAUCGUUGCGGACAAUCAGAGAUCUCCAAGAAGGAAUGGUUAUCACUGUGGAGCCUGGAUGCUACUUUAUUGACGCUUUAUUACUUCCUGCCAUGAAUAGUCCAGAAACGUCCAAGUUCUUAAACCAGGAAGUUAUUAAUAGAUAUAAAGAUUUUGGUGGAGUUCGAAUUGAGAGUGAUGUGCUUGUUACUGCGGCUGGUUGCUACAAUAUGACCAAGUGUCCCAGGGAAAUAGGCGAGAUUGAAGGGGUGAUGGCAGGGGCACCAUGGCCAGCUAAGAACAUCUCUACUCAUGCUUCAAAUGGAUUGCAAAUCUGA